UGUGUGUGUGUGUGUGUAAACAAAUCCGGCUGAUCAGAUUUGAGCCUUUUCCAUGGACUGCAUGAGAUUCUUUGAGCGCCCCGCUCUCCUGCCUAAAUUAUUAACGCUUCCUUAAGACACACAUACACACUCAUACAUACACGAUGAGGACCACGCAUCAUGUUACUUCCUUGCUUAUCUAAAGAAAAGCAAUAACUCAGUUAACCUAUACAGACAGUUGAUGAUGACAAAUUUGGAAAGUGGAAAGAAAUCGUCUCAACUAACUUAUCUAACUAACCCGUUGAUUCUUUCAUCUCUCUCUCAACCCUACACUCUUUACCCUCUUUUCCGGCACCCUCUCUUUCUCACCCCUUUCCCCACAUCUUUCAUUUCUCUCUCUUCCUGCCUCCCCACCAUCCUCUCUCCCCCCAUCUCUCUCAGAUUCCUCCCUCUCUAAACGUAUGGGGGGUAUUCCUCACCCUCAGGCCUGGCCCUCUCUCCCACUCCCCCUCCCCCACAUUGACCCCCUCCCUCCAGCCACUAGGACACAUCUCCCUAGUCCUUUUCCAGUCUUCCACACUCGUCAUGCUGAGCAGAGUGCCGAGCGACCACGCUUGGUUACUGUGGUCCGACCAUGCAGUCACAGCACCCUCAUGAAGGUGACAUUGCUGUUGAACCGUAGGAGCGUGGUCUCGUACGAGCAGCUUCUAUUGGACGUCUCCGAGGCGCUGGGGUUCCCUCGCUGGCACAGGGCCAGAGUCACACGCCUCUACACACCACACGCACGAGAGGUGCGGGGUGUGUGUGAUUUCUUCCGUGGCGACGCAGCGUUCCUUGCAUUGGGAAAGUCUCGUCCAGAGCUCCGGAGUGUCGAGGAGGCCCUGGAGGAGCUGUUUCCACAACAUUCCUGUUACCGCAACGACGCACUCCAGGCCUGGGAGAGGAGAUUACAACCUCCACCUGAUAAAGCUGCCAAGGCCGACAGCGGAUACAGCGAGGGGACAGACAUACACACACACCCUGACAAGGAUACACACACAAGCCUCGACACGAACACACAGACAUACAGUGUUACAUACACACAGGGAUGCAACCUGGACACACACACACAUACUCACCAAGACACACUGACACAAACCAAUACACACCCAAAAACACUGACACACAACAAUAAACACCCAAACAGGCACUCCACACACAAAAACAAACACCCAACUAGACAGCCCAUACACCCUAUUCACACCCACCUCGAUACGGAUGCGCACACACAUACACACCCUAACACGCAUUCUAACCAACACUCCACACACCCCUCUCGCCCCCCCAAUCACCUUCAGAGGGUCAAAGUGAAAGUUGCAGCCAGAGAGAUUCUCUCCUCACCGAUAGGUCCCUCCACCCAGGGGGAGGAGCUAGGGGGAACUGUACUCUGCAGGAACUGUAAGCCUUCUGAAGGACCCAAUCCGAGAGCAGGGAGGGCUCUACUUCCUCCCGUAACCAGGAAGCAAACAGGAAAUGGACCAAACGACCAGGAAGUAAAGAAACCUCACGUCGGUCCCACCACACUCCACACUGGACCAAUCUGCAGGCUUGAGCAGGAGUCCCUCAGCCAAUCAGAACCUUCAUCCUCAGAUUCUAAACAGGAAGAGGCAAGGACUAAACAGGAAGUGAUAUAUGAUCUCCAAACUGAUGGUAGCGAUGUCACCCUGUCAGACAUUGAGCGUUGCUAUGACAUUGGCCGCAUGGUCGGAGACGGGAACUUUGCUGUUGUGCACGAGUGUCAUCGGCGCGACAAUGGGGAAGCCUUCGCUGUGAAGAUUGUGGAGCACUCAAAGCUCAUUGGCCGAGAGCACAUGAUGCAGAAUGAGCUGAGCCUUCUGGGUAGCCUGUCACACCCCCGCGUGGUUCGCCUUUUCACACACCACCACACACACACACACUCCUAUCUCGUCAUGGAGAUGGUUGCCGGGGGCGACCUGUUUGAGGCAAUCGCGGUCCGUGGGAAGUUUCCAGAAAAGGAGGCAGGGCUGAUGGUGUGUGAUGUCAGCGAGGCUCUGAGAUACAUCCAUAGCAAGACCAUAGUACACAGAGAUCUGAAACCUGAAAACCUACUGGUGGAGUUCAGUAGUGAUGGUGUCAGUAGGUUGAAGCUGGGUGAUUUUGGUCUGGCCAUGGUUGUAACAGAACCCAUCUUCACUGUGUGUGGAACUCCCACCUAUGUCGCCCCGGAGAUCCUCUCAGAGACAGGGUACGGCCUGCCAGUAGACCUGUGGGCAUUGGGAGUGAUACUGUACGUCCUUCUCUGUGGGUUCCCUCCGUUCCGGAGCAGAGACAGAGACCAAGGGGAGCUGUUCCAGAUGAUCAGAGAGGCUCACCUCACCUUCCUGUCACCUUACUGGGAUGACAUCUCAGACGGAGCGCGAGGCCUGGUGAGAGCCUUGCUGCAGGUGGAUCCAACAGAAAGACUGACGGCAGCUCAGACUCUGAUGCACCCCUGGAUUCAGACCACUACUGACCAGCACAGACCAACACAGAUCACUACUGACCAGCAGAGCCCAGCACAGCCGAGCAAAGGCCAACACAGACAUGAACCGAUCAGUGCAAACCAGCAGAGCCCAGCAAAGACCAGCACAGAACACUACAGAGCAGUACAGAGUCCAACCAUAGACCAGUCCCGACUAGCACAGACCACUACAGAACACCACAGACCAGUACCAACCCCAGAACAACAGCGACCACAACACCCAAUCCCCCCAGCGCACCACCCACCCACCCAGCCAACCCCAUCUCCUCACUCCAGCACCCAGCCAACCCCAUCUCCUCACUCCAGCACCCAGCCAGCCCCAUCUCCUCACUCCACCACCCAGCCAGCCCCAUCUCCUCAUUCCAGCAUCCAGCCAGCCCCAUCUCCUCACUCCACCACCCAGCCAGCCCCAUCUCCUCACUCCACCACCCAGCCAGCCCCAUCUCCUCACUCCACCACCCAGCCAGCCCCAUCUCCUCACUCCACCACCCAGCCAGCCCCAUCUCCUCACUCCACCACCCAGCCAGCCCCAUCUCCUCACUCCACCACCCAGCCAGCCCCAUCUCCUCACUCCACCACCCAGCAGGACCCAUCAACUCCCCCCCAGCCCCCCGGCAGUAGCACCUCUCAACCCCCCCACCCAAUUUCCCCACCCUCCAUCUUAUCCACAGCAACACCCAAACCCAGCUCCCACCCACCUGGCAGAACCCCUCAAUCUGCCCUCCCACUCUACCCAGCCUCCCUCCCUCCACCCACCCUGCCUCCCUCCCAACACCCACCCAUUCCCAGCCGAAUACCCACCCAGUCCCAGCACACCACACACCCACCAGCAGUGUCCCACCCCUCAACAGCAGCACCCAAGCCCCACUUCUCCUCAACACAUCCUCCUGAUUGAUGGGGUUCCUGAAACGUUAAACACUUCUCCAGGAAUUGAAAAGAUCUGGUGUUCUGCACAGACCCUGUUCAGGAUCUGUGUAUCUGGAACUCACCAAUUGUCAUACACUGAUGUUCAGUUCCACUCCAAUAAAAUAGUCAUCAACAACUUUACCAUUUGGGUUGUAGUAUUUAGUUCAGUAGAUGAUCUAGCAUAACAGAUAACUCUAAUAGUUUCAAUACAUGUUUUUUUCUGACAAUGUGUGUAUUACACACACUUCCCCUUUGUACUGCACUAACAAUAAAUAACU